CCCCAUCUUGGAGUUUUUAUAGUCUUCGAAACCCCUCAAUUCUUCGGAGCUCUCUUAAACCUCUCAGAUUUUUUGAAGCUCACCAACAAAAAUACAAGACAUGGGUAUGAAAAAGCUUCAUGUGCUCGUGCUGUUAAUAGUCUUGGUUGUUUCAAUCUCAGAGAAACCUUCAGUUGUAGAAGGAAGGGCACUUUCCUUAAUAUCUCAUCAAGGGUACUCAAAGAUUUUUGCAACACUUGGAGUUGUUUGCAAGUGUUGUGAUGGGAUUGAAGGUGCCUGCACAAGCACAUGGACAGAGUCUUGUUCUAACCUGCAGUGUUUCCCUUGGAAAUCACACUAGUUAAUUUAGUUCAUAUUUUCUAGUUUUUAUUUGUUGUAUAU